AUGACAGAGAAGGAGCCGACGGAGCUGGUGAGCUGUGGCCGCUGCAACUCUGUGAACUCCGUGCCUUUCGGCUUGGACCGCUUCCAGUGCUACAGCUGCGGCGUCUCGGUCGUGAUCUCCCGGGAGUCCUCGGCGGCAUGCGCUGCCGCUUCGCCUACGGCUCUCUACCUCGACAACUUGCAGGCCCCGAAGGAGGCGAAGGAAGGCAAGAGCUCCCAGAGCGCCCCGUCGAAGAAGCAAGAGGCCAGCUCACGAGGCUUCUUCGAGAAGCUGACCCGGCAGGUGGACAAGACCUUGCAGAAGGUGGAGCAAUCACUGUUCGCGGACCCGCCUGCUGGACAGGCCCCGGCCAAGGCGUCGCCAGCACUGCCUGUUGGGCAGCCGCUUGACGAGGGCAAGCAGAAUGUGAGUCCCGGGCGGGAGGCGAAACCUCGGAGCCCCGCUGCUGGUGGCUACGAGGCGUCGCAAGGCGUGCCUCCAAAGGCAGCGCCGUCCAUGCAGGCUGCGCCGAACACGGAGCGCCUUCGUGCGGCCGAGGAGCGUGCUGCCCGGGCCGAGCAGCUGCUGGAGGCCGCGGUGGCCCGCGAGGCGGUCUCCGCCUCGGAGCGCCUGACGUUGCGGAAGCAGCUGGAGACCCCUUUUGCUCUUCUAGAAUUUGGAACGCCGGACUUAGAUUGUGACCGCAACACGCAUUUCGAUGCCUUUGUCGAUCUGCAGAGACCGGUCUGA